UGGAUUUUGAUAAGGUUAUGUUUUGCCUGGUCUGGUAUUUGAUUUUUGGUUUAGAUGCAAAGAUUUUCCUUAGCUGGAGGUUCUAAAAGGAUUAAUAAACAUGGAUUUUAAUUUAGAAAUAAGAAAAAAACAGUUACAGAGCUUAAAACAGUAUAUCGCAUCCUCAGAAGAAAGUGUCAAAGCGGUAUUCAAGGCUUUAGAUUGGACUAUACCUAAAACACUACAGAAUGAAAAUCCCAUGGUGUCAUGUCCAUUUAACCCAAAACAUCUAGUCUCAGAAAAAACCUAUGCAAAACAUUUAGAAAAAUGUAACCUAAGCACCGCAGGUUACACAGAAAAGGAUAAUUUUCUAUCUGAUCCACCUGAGGAAAGUGAUGCUACUAUAAAACUAUCUAAUGCCAAAAAAAUUGAAAUCCUAACAGCAGCUAGAGCAAGUAGAUCUGAUUUUAAACCAGCUUGGAAUGGAAAAGACCCAGACCCACUUACAGCAGAUCGGUAUACCAGCACAUUUUCUGUGGAUGAGAGGUUAGCUUUGUAUGACUACACUGUUAAACAUACUAAACCCCCUCCUAAACCUCACGAAUUCACGCUUGAAUUUACGAACUCCAAAGAAGCAAAACAACUAACUGAUGAAGAAAAACUGAUUCUUGAACGCAACGCGAAACGUCGAAGGACUAAAUAUAAAUCAGUACAUACCAGUAAGAAAAGUUACACCGAAAUCACCAGGGAAGUGAUAGAUAACCAGAUGGGUCUUUAUGUGGAGUGGAUCAAACAUAAGCAGGAACUAGAGAAAAAAGAAAAAGAAAGACUGAAAAGAUUGGCAAAAGAAAAGCUUAAAAAACCAUCUACAGUUGUGAAGGAGACUUACCACCAUAUUACAACUACCUAUGAUCAACAAAGCACAAUGCCUUGGGAUUAUUAUAAUGCAAUACCAACAGGUAGUAAUCAAGUUAUUACUGAUUGGAGUCAACUUUAUAAAGCUGGAAUUGAAGCUGAUUAUUAUUCAAAUAAUGAUCAGGAACCAACAGAAUAUUUGGCAUCAGACGUAUUAGCGGUCAAUGACGGUGCUGAUCCCCAAUUAUUGGAUUAUAAUUGUGGUAACAGCAGCUUAAAGUUUAAUGAUGAAAGGAAAAGUGAUAAAUCUGGAUCUCGUAAAAGUUGAAAGCGCUACUACUAAUUUAAUAAAUAAUUUGUUAUGUA